AUGCUGAGUCCACUGUUGCGGAGGAACAUGUCCCAGAAGCUGAGUGUGCUGCUGUUAGUCUUUGGGCUGGUGUGGGGGCUGAUGCUGCUGCGCUACACCGUCCAGCAGCCUCGGCAUCAGAGCAGCGCCGAGUUGCGGGAGCAGAUCUUGGAGCUCAGCCACAGAUAUGUGAAAGUCCUGACCGAGGAGAACCAGAACAUCCCUGGAGGCCCACAAGGAACCUCGAUGGCUGGCUAUGCCGACCUAAAGAGGACCAUAGCCGUGUUGCUCGAUGACAUCUUGACACGUCUGGUCAAACUGGAAGGAAAGGUGGAGCUGGCAGCCAACGCCACCUCCAUAAACACCUCCCACAUAGUUGCCUCUGCUCCUGCAGCUCUGCAGAGACCAGUAAACCAGAGGAUUCCUGGCAACCACCACAGGACAUCACAUGUUCAGCCACGCUUGACUCGACCGCGGCCACACCCGGGGCGUAGUUUUUAAGCUCCAGAGCACAUCACACUUUUAGAGGAGUUUAUUUCUGAUGCCAUCAAGAGAGUGGGAGCAAUGAGGAACUUUUGGACAGUGAAGGAUGCUUCCAGGAAGGUUGGGCCGGAUAAGGACUUGUUAUUGCCCUGACAAAUGCUGAUAUUUAUUUUUGUUUACCAGAACUUACCAGAUGUUUUGUUAAACUUGUUUCAACUUAUUUUUGUUUUUUUUAAAUGACUUUUUCUCUUGAGUUUUUAAACCACAUGACUGUUGAAACAUGUAUAUUACAAUUUUACCAACAUCAACAAGUUUGUUUGUUUUUAGCUGCUGCAUUUGAUAUGUAUGAUGAAUAUUCAUCCUUGCGAGUAAAGAAACACUGUCGCUUGAUUAUAGAAAAUCCAAAGGCUGCACUUCAUUCAGAUGUUAGGUCAAACCCAUUACCGUUUCCCACCUCAGGUCAGUCGAGAAAAGCAACAUGGUAGGAGUUUUACCAAAAUGUUCAUGUCAUCCACUUGUUCCUUUCUAAUUUUUGCCUUUCAGUGAAUGACAAAAGUUGCCUUGAGAUGGACUAAGUGAGUUUCUAACCUGUUCUGCUGUGACAUAAACAAGAACAAAACCCAUGUUAGUGUUCGGCUGAUGCGUUGUGUUCACCUCCAUAGCUAACAACUGUUUUUGGGACCUCGCUCUCGUGUGACAUAAAUGAAGGUUGUUGGUCACAUGCUUGACUCUCCUCUUCCUGAGCAAUAAUAACAACUGACAUUGUCAAAACUAUUCCUGCACUUUCAUUUUGACUCAGCCCGAACCACAACUUCAUUUACACUUGAGCUAGACUGCUGCAUCCACAAGCAUCAGACCUGACUCAGAACUCUGUGAAUGUUCAAGACUAGCUGUGCUUGGAGUCUAUUUUUCUAUCGCUUGACUGCUGUGUCUUGGCACAUGGCAGCUCGGCCAGGAGGCGGUGACUUUUGAUGGUAACAAGUACUCUGCAGCUGCCCUUCUUUUUCCCUCUUGACUAAAGCUUCAACCUUCCAAAUACAGUACAUGUAUUAUCAGAACACAACCGAGUGCAGUUUUCUGUGGCUGUAUGAGUAAUUCAUGUAGAUGGACCCGUGCUGCGUUUUUAGAAUGAUCCAAAGUCUAUAAAGUUUUGAUACUAAAAUAAAAUC